AUGGUUUCUUCUUAUCUCUCGGAGCCCCGAGAUACUCAAGGUUCCAGCAUUUUCAAAGACAAAGAUCUAGGAGACCAGUACCUAACACAACGGCUCCUCAAGGACCUUCUAGCAGACCCGCCUCCGCCCCCGGAGGCUACGGUCUUUGACACCGCCGCCGACGUCUGCAAUGCUGCUAGUCAGGACCCUUCUGUUGUGUCCAAUUCGAGGGCCAAUGCUGGCGCCGUAAUCCAAGUGUCAAAACAGAGACGUGCAGUGGAAGAUAGGAUGGCGCCGACCAGAAAAUCAGUCGCGCCCCUGGAGUCGAGCAGUACUGCAAGCAAGAAGACAGGAAAGGCCCAGCUUGGGAAGCUUGCUGUCAGCAUGACGUCAGAAAAGAGCGUGGUGUUGGCGAAAAGCCAGCGGCCACACUUCUUGAGCGGUCAGGAGCACAGUUUGUCGUCAGCAAUAUCAGACGCGCGAUUCAGCGCUGCGCCCGACGUGUUUGGCGACUCGUACGCUCCCACAAUGAGUACUUUGGUCGCCCUCCCGGAUGGCGGUCGCGUGUCCGGACGGUCUUCUUCGGAUGGGGAGAGCGUGACGUCACCUCUGGCCAAGGAGGAGCCUCCAGGCGUGUUUAGGAAUGCAUGCCAGAUUGGUAAAGCUGUCACAAAGUCAAAAACGGGUCAGGGUGGGUUAAGCAGAAAGGGCUUUGAGAGCAAGACUGAGACGGAGGUUGACGAAGAGACCAGAACCAAUGGGUUAAGGGCCAAUGGGUCAAGGAGGGUUAGGGCGGGUUCGGAGGUGCGGCGGCGGUCCUCAAGUGGGAGCACUGCCUCCGAAACGCGCUCCAAGAAAACGGCCGCUCCUAGUUCCCCGGUCAAAAAGCAAGAGAAGGUUGCAGAGAGAGGCGGAGGGAAAGGGAAGCCGAGGGUUGGAGUGGCGCACAAAGACAAGGUUACAGAAGUUAGCGAUGCGGUCUCGAUUGCCAGCUGUCAAGGCGAGGGGAUGAAGUGGGCGGGAGGCUCAGCGGAGAGUCUGGUCACCGGGUUAACCCGCAAACUGCAAAAUUUGGAGGCCGAAUUGUCCAGAAGCAAGUCCAUUUCGUCGGAAAGUGAGGCUGACCUGCUCGAAAGCAGAGCCAGUGAAGCGGAGGUGCGGCGUCUGAUGGCUGAGCAGACGGGACAGCUGGCAGCGUUGAAAGAGAAGGCUAACCGAGCGGAGGGGCUGCUUGAGGAAACUCGGAAGAGGGAGAAGGAGUUGGUGGAGAUGGCCGGGUUUGUGCGGAAGUUACAGGAGCGGGUUAAGAACUUGGAGCACGAAAAUGCAGCGCUGCGCAGAGAGGGGCGCGGAAGCGCAAAGGUGGAGAAAGGGGAAGGGACGGAGGGUCUGGUUCGGGAGGUGGCGAAUGAGAGUGCCUUUACGGAGAACGGGGUCAACGUCGAAACCAGGUUUUCGACCGGUCGCGAAUCUGGAUUUAAGAGCGACUGUAAGACUGAAGUUACAGCCAAGAACGGAAGCGGGUUCGAGACAGGGUCCAGCAGUGAAGUCGCGGCUGAGCCGAAGGGAGAGGCGUAUCCGCCAAGCCAGACGAGUGCGGAGUCGGGAGGAGUAGGUGACAGCAAGGAAGCGGAAAGACUGCGACGAAAAGUGAACCGGUUGACGGAAGAAGUGGGCGAGAUGAAGGCCUUUCUGGCGGACUACGGGUUAAUGUGGGUUGGGAACACCCACCCCAGUAAAGCGGUUUCCUCUUCCGGGCAGGCUUGCCCAGGGUCUGAGUCAGUGGAAAAGCGCCCGGGGAGUCCAACCGGGGAAGGGCAGUGGGAGCCCUCCAAGUCGUGGGCUCCGGUUAUGGGUCGAGGAAACAACACGGCGACGGUAACGGAUGAAACUGCUCCCAAACGUCUGCCUACCAAAACGCCUGCCGUUUCCGUUCCAUCCUGGUUAGCAGCGCACCUCGAAGAGCAGAACGGAAAGGUUUCCUCGACGGAGGCUAAGUUGCCGAACGCUUCGAGCCCAAAGCUCUCGAGCCCAGACGCUGUGACAAAACAACCAACCGGAAACCUUUCGAGCCCCAUCUCCGCAGAACACGGGACCAUGAAACCGGCAAAUUUGGACUUGCCUUGCCAGAGCCAGCGGACGCUGAACUCAGCGGAGAAAAGCUCGUCCGAAAUCGUCCGGAAGUCGUCAAACCCCCUGGGAAAGCGCGAUGAGAGUAUCGAUGUCCGUGCGCUGAGGGAAGCGAUCGACGGCCUGAACGCGCUCGUGAACGAAGGCGGCGCGACCGUUGUGACCAGCCCAGGCGGACGGGAGCAUCGCUUACAGGAGCCGGCCAGCAUCCCGCUCACCAUCUACGCCAACGGAAUCCAGCUCGGCAACGGAACGGAGUUCCGGCCCGCCGGCUCGCCCGCGGCGCGCUCCCUGCUCGCGGACAUUUUGGACGGCUUCUUUCCGUACGAACUGAAGGCGACCCACCCGGACGGCGUUCCGCUGCGCCUUGUCGACCGGAGCGCGGAAUGCUUCACGCUUCCGUUCCAGCCUUUCCGGGGGGAGAAGCGGGUGCUCGUCAGCAGGGAGAACGGAUUGGAGCGGAAGGAACCAAAUGGAACGGAGGGCGGAAGGAAGGGCGGGAUCGAAGGGGGCGGGCUAAGUCUGGCAAGCGGAUUUGGAAACGGAAUUUCCGCUUCGGCGGCGGAAGAGGGAAGCGGAAAGGUGAUCAUCUCACUUUCGACUAGCAGCGUUUCAAUCAAACCAUCGGUUGACGAGCCGCCCAGCGCCGGCGGAAUGCUGACAUCACGAGAAGCAACUAGAGCGAGCCGCGCGGAACCACAUCCGGUCCUCGCAUCGACGUCAGACGGCCUGUUUAGAGCCGAUGCGCCGACUGAGGGGGGGCCAAUUUGCCCCCAACCCGCACCCCUCACGCGGGAAGAGUUCUUGGACCGACUGCCCAAGAGAGUGAUCCGCGGCGGAAAGCUGAUCGACGUCCGCGGUGAGAUCGCGCAGCUUCUGCGCCCCUUGGGCGGCGCGCGCGAGUGGGAGCGCGGCCGCGAGAGCGCGGCGGGCAAGCGCGCUCCGGAAGAGAGGAUCACUCCCAGAGCAUCGGCCGACAGCGGCCCUGCGUCGACGUCAGGUGACGUCAGCGCCCCGGAGAGGAACCAGAAAGCGCACAGCGGAAAAGGAGGAACGGGGAAGGAAAGUUUAGGUUUGCAACGUGGCAGUGAAAAGGAGGCGUCGCGGGCCGCGGUGCGGUUGAAGGUGCGGGGUUUGGAGGGUUUGGCCUGGGUGGUGGAGCUCCCGGUGGGCGCGACGGUCGGACAGCUGUACGAGACCGUUGAGAAGCUGAGGCGCAAGAGCAACGCAGUGGGCAAGGAACGAACCCCAACGGGCGCGUUCACACUGUCUACCACGUUUCCCACGGCGGCCCUUUCGGACAAAACAGCCACGCUGUCCGAGUUGGGUCUACAGCAGGACACCGUCCUUGUUCUCAACGAGGGCGUCUAG